UGUAGCCAUAUAUGAAUCCAUUGAUUGAUUUCAAUUACAUAAUCUCGAAGAAUAAAACGGUGAAAGCCAAUGCUGUUUAUCAAAACUGAAGCAUGAGCAACCGUGUCCCUUGGCCCAUCACCGCUCUUAGCAAGUUAUUGUUGAGAGUUUUAUUUGUAUAAUUUAUGCAAAAGAUCAUGUUGGCAUCUUCUAGUGUCAUUCCUUCCUUUCACUCUAUCAACAUCAUUAUAGCAACUUCCAUCUUACUAGGUAGGUAUUCGUCAUGCAGCAGAAAGUUAAGUUGAGUUCAGGUCAAGUUCCAGGAGAACACCCUUUAGAUGCAUGUAUUCAGUUAACCGUUGUAUGAAAUGCGACACUCUAAUUGGCCCAGGAUGCCUGAACUGGUAAACCCAAAAGCUAGAAUGUGGGGUAUACCGAUAGGAUCUACAUAGAUCCGGGCCGUCGAAAUUUUGUUAUCGGGUGAAUUAAUUCGUCUCUGUUCAAUUGAAGAUUGACGCAACUGCGAAUUCCUAGGUCGCAACCAAGAUUCCGUCUUGGAGUCCUUGUGAAACUGCCAACAUCCAGGUUAAUCCUGUGAUUCUGACGGACACCUUGAAAUAGGGAUCUGUUCUAGGAGAAGAUUCCUACGGCACUUCAAAAUGGCAGAUCCAACACCACCUUCUGGUCAACCAGCUGCGUCUGCGCCUGCUGCAGCAAACUCCGGAGCAGCAUACAAAGCCGCAACGCCAAACCCAGCUUUUCGCAUGAUGGGCAUUCCCUACCUUCCCAAGAAACUUCCCUCCCGCAACUGGAUGAUCUUCUUCGCUAUCACCGGUUCCCUCUCUGCUGCUAUAAUCUACGACAAGCGCGAGAAGAAGCGCGCAACAGCUCGAUGGGCCAGAGCUGUCUCCCACCUCGCCCGAGAACCCAUCUCUGACCCCAACCAACUGCCCCGGAAACUCACAAUCUUCCUCGAAAGUCCCCCUGGCGAUGGGCUCCGCGUUGCGCAAGAUCACUUUACCGAAUACAUAAAACCGGUACUGGCUGCGUCGGGAUUGGAUUGGGAGUUCGUCCAAGGAAGAAAACAAGGAGACAUAAGGGCGGCUGUGGCUGAGAGAAUACGGAGGACGAGGGAGCCGGAAGCAGUGGCGCAGACCAAGGACGAGAUUAUAGAAGAAGUAAGGAAAAAGAACAACACACCUCAGUGGCACGGUGCCAAAGGCGACAUUGUAGUCGGACGACACACGUGGAAGGAAUAUGUUCGCGGUUUACAUGAAGGCUGGUUAGGACCUCUUACCCCACCACCGGAGCCGGAGCCAGUGAAGAAACUCGAAGAAGCAGGAGCGUUGGACGGAAGCGAGGGAGAAAAGCAAGAGACGAAACCCGAAGAGAAGCCGGAACAAAAGCCAGAAAGACCCCCGCAACCACCACCGUACAACACCACCAAUGACUACCCCACCUCCGCUCUGCCUAUGUUCAUACCUGCCGAAUUCUCACCAUCAUCACCUAUAGAGUUUCCCCAUAUCCUCGGUUUCUCUAAUACGUUUAUCCGACUACGACGAUUCCUCAACCGACGGCAUCUAGCCGACGACAUAGGCCGCGAAGUAGCGGCUGUUUGCCUCGCUGCAGCACGUGAGUAUCACGAAGAUGCGGAUUUGUCUCGGUCCGAGCAACAAACUGCUCUCGAGCACGAAGAGAAGGACUGGGUCAAGUCCGUAUGGAAGGACGAGAAGCCUAAAGAGGAAGAGAACGGUUCUGCCGCCCCCACGGCUCCUCCCCCGGAAAAGAUAUGGGCGAGUCCCGUGGUCUUGGAUCCGCGGAUUGCAAUGCGUAUGCGGCGUUUUGAGAUCCAACCCGAGGAAGUGGCUCGCGCCAAGGAGAUAGUCGUUCCAGAAGAGGAGAUCGAGGGUUGGAUCAAGGGCAGCCUGCGAAGCCUCUACCGCUGGGCCAUUUCGAAACCCGAGCCCAAUCCAUCGUGGCCUGACGAAUAAUCGCCGACCACCUAAGUAAUCUGAUGUUUAUAAUCCUGAUUACCCAGAUCCGAAUGUAAGGUGUAAUAUUAUACUUAGAAGGAUAGAUACGACGUCGCAUUUCCGGCUGGCAUACAAAUGUGUCUGUACAACACAUCAUAACGCAUUGGGUCUAUAGAGUGUUGAUACACGGGGGCUGGUGACGAUACAGGAUGUGUAAUGCUGAUUUACGAGGUUAUUGAGACGAUGACCUGGUGAUUGUAUAUGCGAAUAAUUAAUCACAACUCUACAUCUAGAGCUUGAUUUUUGAGAUGAUAUUCUUAUCUCCCACGGU